CCCGCCAGACAAACCGGUACCGACCCGGUAUUUAUGUUUUAUGGGAUUUAUAUGUCUACAUUACGCUUAAUUACGGUGUCUCGUUAAUUCUGACUUGUUUCUCGUAACGUCGUCCUUAACGUGAUAAAAAUGUCCGAAGAUAGAACAACAACGACAGAAGAUAUGUGGACGCCGUACAAAGAGCUGCAAAGCCUUAUUGAGAAGAAUGUAAUAUCAGUUCCUGAUAUUCAAGAUCCUCAGUAUCAUGAAUUGACGGAAGCUUUACGAAAUCACAGACAGAAUUUUCUUACUAUAUUAAAUAAUCCACCAAAAAAUGCAAAAAGUCGCGAGGAAAUUAAGAAAGGAGUCACGGAUGGUAUUACGCUACCUGGUUUGGGUCAUCAAAUAUUAUCAAAGGAGUUAGUGGAUGAGACUCUCAUUAUAUCAGAUAUGUAUGAUUUGAAUGAGUUCAUGGCAUUGGAUCUUCUCUGUACGGCUCAACUUCAAAUGCCGCAUCAUCCUGGUUUAACACGCGGCUUAACAGCUGUUCUUCUGUAUUACGACGGAAGAAAAGCGCUGACAUCAGUAUUAAGAACCUUAGUGCACACUCGAAUUGGUCACAGUUGGGCGGUGGAUGCACCGGUUGCUCUUACAAGACACAUUACGGACUAUACCAAUAAGUUGCAAGAAGAUGGUCUAUUAAAUAGGAUUUUAUCCCUGUUAGAGGAAAUGGAUCCUACUAAGGAACAAGAUUUGCUGCAACAAAAUAGAGCAUUAGGCGGAGCAAAGCAUCAUCAGAUGGUUAUGAAACUUUACAAUGACACACGACAAGAUCUGGCUGAUAUUUUAUACUUGUGGUCCGCUCAGUCGUCUCUUCCGAAUAUAAUUCUGUUUCGUUUAUUAUCUAUACUGCAAACACGUCAAGUAGAAUCCGAGGCGGGUGAAGGAGGGCCUGACAAAGUUACACUUGCACUUAUUAUGGCUGUUUUGAAUGCCUUUAAUUUUAGUUUCUUACAUAGUCGCGAAAACGGCGAAGAAUUAAUUAAUUCAAUGCCACUAAUAGCGGAAAGGGAAGCACUGGAGGAACUGAAUCAAAAGUUAAUAUCUACCAACAUAAAUUGGGAGAGUGCUGGAUUGCGAGGAGUGAUACAGUUUGCUUUAGCGAUAGCUAUGACUACCAUCAAAACAACCACCACUCAAUUCCAGUCUCAGAACAUUACCGCGGAAGAUGAAAUCCUAGUAGAAGCGGCUCUGGCUAACAAAGCUUUUCAUUUUAUGGCCGAGGUUUUGCUCAAGAGUAGUUGCAUACAUCAAGAGGAAUUUUAUGUUCGCUAUUUUCAUACGUUAAUUUCCGACUUCAUAUUGUUGAUGCCCGUUAAAGUCAAAGAAUUACGCAGUCGCGCCGAUGAAUCCAUGCGCUUGAUCCAAGCAUUCCAACAGGAAGGCAUUGAACCUCCGAUGAACCUGGAUAAUCAUUUUGAAUAUUUAAUGUUGAUGAUAGCAGAGCUGUACAAGGAAGAUCCAUUGAAACUAAAUUUAGCCAUGGAUUAUUGGUGUCAUCACACUGAUACGACUCACGUGUCGGCUCCUGCAUACAUUAGCCGCCUGCCGUCUAGACAAGUUGCCUUAUUUAAAUUUAUACGGCUUGCCGGAGAGAUAUUACCGGCAGGUUUAUUUGUUUCGUAUAUGAAGAUGAUAGCGUCUCUCGCCUCAUCGCCACAAGCGGCUAGAUACGCAUUUAAUUUUUUUAAACCAAACGGAUCAUCCGGUUCAGCAACUAUUUCAUGGGAUCAUUUCUUCAAUUCCUUAAACCGAUACUACUACAAUUUGAGACAGGAAUUACCUCCCAGUCAGGAUACAGUGUACAGGCAAAGGUGUCAUCCGAAAGGAAUUAUGCCUCAGGAAGUUAAAGGUCUCGAGGCAGUGCUAUUGGUUGUCCAAGUGAUAGCCAAGAACGAUGAAAUGUCGAGAGUUGCGAUAUGCGACCAUCCGAGUUGGAAAGUCUUGCAGUCUUUGAUCGGCUUGGUGAGCUGCGCGAUGCCGAUACCUUUGAAGGGUGUACUAGUAAGAACUCUCGCGGCACUGGCCAGAUCUCCAGAGAGCUCUUCCACUGUUUGGCAGAGCUUGGAGGCCGCUCAGUUUCUGUCCACUAUACCAACAACGAGCAGUUAUCAGCCGAGAGGUGUGCAAACGGAAUUGGAAGAGAUCGAAUCUAGAAACGAGGAAUACCCGUUAACGCGCGCCAUGUUACAGCUAUUAGAUGUGCUCACUGAUUUCCCAAUACCACGUCUGUUGGGUGUAGGUCAACGAAAUCCAGGAUUCGAUCCGUAUUUACAUUUCAUUAUCAAUACCGUCUUCCUGAGGUUCCAUACUCGUUCGUAUAAAAAUCCUGCCGAGAAGUGGGAGGUGGCGGAAGCCUGCUUGAAGAUAUUCUCGAAGUUGAUAAAGCAGUACGAACCGACCGUUGAGGAUUUCGUGGGCUGCAAAGUUGAGUUGCAAGGUGGGGAGUCCACCUUGGUCAACUCGGCUCCGGGAUAUCACUUAAUGACACAUUUGCACACCACUUCUGAACUGUUACACGUGAUAUUAUACAUCAUGGACGAAGGUUGCCAUCAUUUCGAUACCUACGACAGUUUUCCGGGCAAGACGUAUCUCGAGAGUUGCAGUCUUUAUUGCUUGGAAAUAUUGGAGCGUGGAUUAAAGAUGCAAAACAAUUAUAUGGCACAAUUAACCGCCAUACCGUCUGUGAACAAAAUUAUGACCGGACUGUCACGUUUGCUGCUCGGAGUGAAUCCUCGCACUGGCAAGCCGGAUCACAUGAUUAAUAUUGUCAAGUACGUUUCUUACAAUUCAUGGUUACCGAAGCAGGCCUUCGUGGCGGUCGGCGUUAUUCACGGCGUGACCAACGAGCCCGGAGCAGACUCGGAAUUGCUGUCGACGUUCACGGCAACUUCUACUUUAGCGACCAAUAUCAGACACGGUUUUGUCGAGUGUCUAGACGCGGACAAUAUCUCGGAGGAGGAUGACGAGAUAGUUAGAACGGACGAGCAGAGUAGGCAGUCAAUUGGAAAUUGCAAAGAAAGAAUUCUGCUCUUAAUGAUGCACAGUAUUACACGACCUGCGCCAAAUCUCGCCCAUUACUUGCUCGGCUUUGAAAUAAACAAAGACAUCAGGAAGACCGUUAUCCAGCAACCGGGAAUCCUCGGAUUUCCGCGUACCUGUCUGCAUUCCAUCCUAGGUAUUCUGGAGCAAUCUCUCGAGCGCGGUCGCGACAAAAUAACCGAAGCCUGUUACUGUUAUCUCCAUACGUUAACGGCUAACAGCAAAACAUCGACGCCUGUUCUCAGAUUUCUACGUACUACGAGUAAUCAAGACUUCGUGCAGAGACAUCUCUCGAAAUUGCCGUUUCAGGGGCCAAAUAGAUCAACCGAGCUCGGCUGCAUGUCCUGGCUAUUGAAAAUAGCGGCUAUCGAGUUACGAGUCGCUGGUGGAAGUUUGCAGACUUCUCUAAUUCAGCGAUUGGUGGGAAGUUUCAAUCAGGACAGGGACCAGAUUGUACCCUCUCAGAAGCUUCUGAUGGAUCUCUUGCAUUACAUCGAUUUCCAAUUGUAUCUGGAACCCGCGAAAUCGUGGGAGUUCUUCGAUCCGUCGCAGAUUGAAAUGGUCCUGGGUAAAUGCAGCAUUCCCGUUGCGUUAAUGGGUGGUCCGUGGCUCAUCGACAUCAGAAAACUGCAUUCUCUCAUCACCGAGGAAUUAACGGUUACGCAGAGCAGCGCGACUGCUACCCAACGCAAGCUCAUGCAGCAAGAAGUCAAGUCCAUACUUGCGCACGCAUUGAAGAAGAAUCAAACCAAGGUCCUGUCCUAUGCUACUGUCAAGUUCGUAGAAGGCUGGUGCCAAACUACGGAAAUACUUUUCUCCGUCGCGACGAAUCAACAAUUGCCGGUGGCUCAACGGCAAAAUCUUCUGCUGAAUUUGUCGCACGACCUGCUGCAAAAGAUGACGUCCUGCGAAGCUCUGAGUGAGAUUAAAACUCUGGUAUCCGGCACGGUUCUAAUGUUGCUGGUAAACUUACGAAACAGCUUCGUGAUUCAGUCGGACAACGAGUUACUGCCGUCAUCGCCGUCGAACACGACGAUGAUGAAAAUCAUUUUAAGUCACAUCUUACAGUGGAUCAUAAAUGCCGGUGCGUCCUCGCAGAAAGUCGUCACGCAUCUUUACGCGGCCUUAUUGAACUUCUUGAGUAUCGUCGGCUUGGAAAAGUCCGAGCACGUGAGCGCGAUGGACUCUGUGUAUAUCAGCCAAUUGGACAAUUCAAUGAACAAGCUUAUGCCUGUGCAGGAACGCUCGCAACGUUACGCGACGAUUCAGGUCAUCAACAGUUUCGGAAAUCAGUUGAUGGAUAUCCUGUGCCACAAUUGCUCGGGCGGACACGACGUGUGUAAGAUGCUCGCCCUGUCCUGCCUGGACAAGAUCUUGGAAUUGGAUUAUGAUAACGCGUGGAUGAUCUAUCUAACGAGCAGAGGCUAUUUGAAGCACAUGAUAGACAGUCUGUUGGAAUCGGACGGUCUGUUGCGGUGCAUGCUGCAACCGGAGCCACAGACGAUGCGGCCUUUGUACUUGUACGAGGCAAAGAUGGCGAUCUUCUGCAGGAUGGCGUCAACGAGACUAGGCGCGGAGAGUUUGUUGGAGAACAAGAUCUUGUCCUGUAUGUCCAGUAUGUGCGCGUUCGAUCAGCAUCCUGACGUGCACGUAGGCUUCGAGGGCGGCGAUUAUUCCUUCAUACCUUCGGUCGGGCAACGCUAUCAGCAAAUUUUCUUACCGGCCUUGUAUCUCUGCGACGCCCUGUUCACCACGUUGGGAACGGAGAAUCAAUCGUGCGCCGUGCAAGUCUGCGGAUUUUUACAGAGUCACAGGGACACCGUGGAAAUGGCCCUGAGAAAUGCGUUCUCGCAGGCCAAUGUGCUUUUCCUGAAGGAGAUCGCAUGUCUCACCGGGGUGAUAUCUAGAUCUGCUAACAUAGACAUGUACAAACUCGUGGACGAGGAAUUGGCGAGAAUAGAUAUAGACGAUUACAAAUUAGAGAGCAGUACUGGGAUGAGAGAAUUGAGAGCGCAUCUGUACCGGUUGCAGAAGUUGAUGCUGUCGUUGUUGCACAAAUUUCAGCUGCAGACGAUCCCGAUAAAUCAUAAUUACCAGCAGGUUGACGCAAACGAGCAAUAUAUCUCUUGCAUACAGAUAAUCGCCAACAUCAUGCUGUAUACACGCAAUCAAAUGCAACACAGUCGUAUGGAUCAGAAAAUACGAAAUGUAUUGUUCGAUCCUCAUUUAACACCGAAGCCUGGAAGAAGACAAGACAAAAUGAAGGAUACCUCUGGUGGAGUGUGUUUGGGCACAAUUGUCGAACAAUUGGUUUCCGUGACAAAUUUGCUGCACACCGAGUUACCGCAUAUCGAUUCCCUGAUAAAGAAAGCGCAAGUGGUAACCGACAUGAGUACAGCGGAAUUAAAGAAGUACAUGUCCGAAAACGAGGUGGAACUAGAUAUAGGGAAACAACGAAUACUCGUCGAACAGAAACUAAAUCAUUGGAUAAAGGAUAAGCGACAAAGCAUAAAAUACUGCUCUCUUAUAAUAGAGCACGCUUUAUACAUUCUUUGGAGUCACUUGGACUUUUACACCAUGCAAGUCAUAUCACGGCAAACUCAAAGGGUGCACGUAACUUCAGGUGGCGUCGACGAAAGCAUGAUAGAAUGGAAGGUUUCGUCAGAAACGCUAAUGGAGCUGAAGCAAGGACUCGUUUCUACUUUUACCGAUACUUUUAUCACGCAGUUGUUGGAUACAACACACAGCGAAUACGCGACAGUGGACCGUAGCUUUAUCGAAGCUCUUAUAAGACGAAUUAAAAGAUUGUUACAAUUUAUAAUUAUAAAAUAAUGAAGGAUUAACGUUUGCUACGUACAUAGUUUCAAUUUUAAUUACAUAUUUUUUUAUUCCACUUUGUAUACUCCACUUAUCGUUAAUCGCCAUUUUGUUACACAGAAUAGGUAUGAACAGUGUUUACUAGAAAUGAAAAAUAGCGAGAUCGAUUAAAUUUUAUUUAGAAUUCAUAUGCAGAAUCGAUUUUUUGAUCUAUUUGUGAAAAUGAAUCAGGUGAAAAUUACGUACUUUAAGUCAUUUUCCUUUGCAUUUUUUGCAAAAUGUAAUAAAUUUAUAUUAACAUA